CCCCAGGGUGCGUUUCCCAAUUUGGACCCCUCCCCAAGACCCCACCCCACCGCACCCCCACUCAGGGCUGCCUCUGAGACUGCGGUUGUCAUGGCAACCCGUGCCCGGCUCUCCCAGGGGCGGUGCCAACCCUGCUCCCCCCCACCACUUCCUUCCCCCUCCCUCCCUGUCCCUCCCUCCUUUGUGUCAGCUGCGCCCCUGACCGGGAUGGCUGCGAAGAGAGGGACCAAGACGAGCAUGAAGAACAUGGAGAAGGAACUGCUGUGCCCAGUGUGUCAGGAGAUGUACAAGCAGCCCCUGGUGCUGCCCUGUACCCACAACGUGUGCCAGGCCUGUGCCCGAGAGGUGCUGGGCCAGCAGGGCUACCUGGGCCACGGCGGGGACCCCAGCUCGGAGCCUACCUCUCCUGCUUCCACCCCUUCCACCCGCAGCCCCCGUCUCUCCCGAAGAACGCUCCCCAAGCCAGACCGCCUGGACCGGCUGCUUAAGUCAGGCUUUGGGACAUACCCCGGGAGGAAGCGAGGUGCUCUGCACCCCCCAGUGAUCGUGUUCCCGUGCCCAGCCUGCCAGGGCGAUGUGGAGCUGGGGGAGCGGGGCCUGGCGGGUCUCUUCCGGAACCUCACCCUGGAGCGUGUGGUGGAGAGGUACCGCCAGAGCGUGAGUGUGGGAGGUGCCAUCCUGUGCCAGCUGUGCAAGCCCCCGCCGCUCGAGGCCACCAAGGGCUGCACGGAGUGCCGAGCCACCUUCUGCAAUGAGUGCUUCAAGCUCUUCCACCCGUGGGGCACUCAGAAGGCCCAGCACGAGCCCACCUUGCCCACCCUCUCCUUCCGCCCCAAGGGCCUGAUGUGCCCGGACCACAAGGAAGAGGUGACCCACUACUGCAAGACAUGUCAAAGGCUGGUAUGCCAACUCUGCCGGGUGCGUCGCACCCACAGUGGGCACAAGAUCACACCAGUGCUCAGCGCCUACCAAGCCCUCAAGGACAAGCUGACAAAGAACCUGACAUACAUCCUGGGAAACCAGGACACGGUGCAGACCCAGAUCUGUGAGCUGGAAGAGACUGUGAGGCACACUGAGGUGAGUGGUCAGCAGGCCAAGGAGGAGGUGUCGCAGCUGGUGCGGGGGCUGGGGGCUGUGCUGGAGGAGAAGCGAGCGUCGCUGCUGCAGGCCAUUGAAGAGUGCCAGCAGGAGCGGCUGGCCCGCCUCAGCGCCCAGAUCCAGGAGCACCGGAGCCUGCUCGAUGGCUCAGGCCUGGUGGGCUAUGCCCAGGAAGUACUGAAAGAAACAGACCAGCCCUGCUUUGUGCAGGCAGCCAAGCAGCUGCACAGCAGGAUUACCCGGGCUACCGAGGCCCUGCAGACAUUCCGGCCGGCUGCCAGCUCCUCCUUCCGCCACUACCAACUGGACGUGGGCCGUGAGAUGAAGCUGCUGACGGAACUCAACUUCCUGCGAGUGCCCGAGGCGCCCGUCAUUGACACCCAGCGCACCUUUGCCUACGACCAGAUCUUCCUGUGCUGGCGGCUGCCGCCCCACUCACCCCCAGCCUGGCACUACACCGUCGAGUUCCGCCGCACGGACGUGCCUGCCCAGCCCGGCCCUGCACGCUGGCAGCGGCGGGAGGAGGUGAGGGGCACGAGUGCGCUGCUCGAGAACCCCGACACCGGCUCCGUGUACGUGCUGCGCGUCCGUGGCUGCAACAAGGCUGGCUACGGCGAGUACAGUGAGGACGUGCACCUGCACACACCCCCGGCACCAGUCCUGCAUUUCUUCCUCGAUGGCCGCUGGGGUGCAAGCCGAGAGCGGCUGGCCAUCAGCAAGGACCAGCGAGCAGUGCGGAGCGUCCCGGGGCUGCCCCUGCUGCUAGCUGCGGAGCGGCUGCUCACCGGCUGCCACCUGAGCGUGGACGUGGUCCUGGGCGACGUGGCGGUGACCCAGGGCCGCAGCUACUGGGCCUGCGCCGUAGAUCCGGCCUCCUACUUGGUCAAGGUGGGCGUUGGGCUGGAGAGCAAGCUUCAGGAAAGCUUCCAGGGUGCCUCGGACGUGAUCAGCCCCAGGUACGACCCAGACAGCGGGCACGACAGUGGGGCCGAGGACGCCGCCGUGGAAGCAUCGCCACCCUUCGCCUUCCUAACCAUCGGCAUGGGCAAGAUCCUGCUGGGGUCCGGAGCAAGCUCCAACGCGGGGCUGACGGGGAGGGACGGCCCGGCAGCCGGCUGCACGGUGCCCCUGCCACCCCGCCUGGGCAUCUGCCUGGACUACGAGCGGGGCCGAGUCUCCUUCCUAGAUGCGGUGUCUUUCCGGGGGCUCUUGGAGUGUCCCCUGGACUGCUCAGGGCCUGUGUGCCCAGCCUUCUGCUUCAUUGGGGGCGGGGCGGUGCAGCUACAGGAGCCCGUGGGCACUAAGCCUGAGAGGAAGGUCACCAUAGGGGGCUUCGCCAAGCUGGACUGACCCUCCCAGGCCCCAGUGCAGGCCUCCUGGCACCUGGUUACCCCCUCCCCGCGGCAGCUUCUCCCCCAAACUUUCUACCACGUGGCCCGCCCCUUACCCUGUGUCUGUGUCUUUGCAGGGCUUUCUCUCGAUAAGGGACUCCCCCGUGUCCACCCCCAUGGAUGUCCCCCGUUCUCUGAUCCACACCUUCCAAGUUCUCCGGCCCAUGCCCUGUCCCUGGCAUCUCACCCAAGUCAUGGAGAGAGCCCCUUCCCCAUCCUUGCCCUGCACCCCCAGUUCGAUGGGGAGGGAGAGUGCCUGGAACACUGGGCCUGACUCUCAGCUCUGCCCAUUGCCUGCCAAGCUCCUUGCGCCACUGUUAUUGACCUGCAGCCUUGAGGCAAGCAGGCACUUUGGCCAGUGCCGGGCACUCCUUGGAGAGGGGCAGGGGCCCGCCUGUCAUUCCGCUUUAUUUAUUUGACCCCCAUACCUUCCAGCCGCAUGCCCCUCACGCCCUCUUCCUUCCUGCAUGCGUUCGUUACCUGUCCCGCACCCAUGCCCAUGUGCCAAGUCUCCCUUGGGGACCCAGCUGAAGCCGGGUGUCCCCACUGGGUCCCCAAGUCUCCCUUGGGGACCCAGCUGAAGCCGGGUGUCCCCACUGGGUCGCUCCAGGCAAGGCCUCUGGUGCCUGCUGCUGCCCCCCUGCGGUGGGUUCUGCUAGGCGUGUGCGGAGCAACCGCUGUUACUGUCACGGUUUCUAAACAAUAAACUGGGAGG